AUCCUCCCACACUCUAGGAAUCGAGUCCCGCUGCCACCACACCCUCCGGGUUGAGCCGCGGUUCCAAGGCGGGCCAGUGCGUACCGCAAGACACGCGUCCGGUCAGAAUACGGAUGCCAACAGCUCGAACAGACCAAAAUCUAAGAGACGUAGCUCUCCACCAAUCAGCGUCCUUGCCUUACCACAUUUCCUAAAAGAGAGGAUAAGAGAAACUACCUCCCUUUUGAUACUCUCGUGCUCCAACAGAAACCAGUGAUCUGCUGAAAAUUUGAAGAAUUAAUUAACUUUUCCGCCACCAUGCCGGCGGCUCUCCGGUACCUUGUCCUCUUCACGCCCAAGGCAUCAUCAUCACCGUCGUCGUCCCCGUCUUUGAGCAGCAGGAAGCUCAAUCUCUCUUCAAAGCCCGCUCUGCUCCAGUGCCCGCAGCUCCAGGAGAUUCCCCUCAACUUCAAAGAGAAGGUGCUGUGCCUGGAGCUCAUGGGAGUGGACGCCGGCAGGGCUCUGUCCGUCAACCCCUCGCUCCAUUCCGCCUCCCUCGACUCCAUCCACUCCAUCGUCUCCUUCCUCCAGAGGAAGGGCAUCCAACAGAAGGACAUGGCGAGGAUCUUCGGCAUGUGUCCCCGGAUUCUGACGUCAGACAUCCAGAACGACCUGAACCCGGUCUUCGAGUUCUUAUCCGACGACCUCCAUGUCCCGGACAAGAGCUUCAGGAAGGUGAUCAACAAGUGCCCCCGGCUGCUGGUGUCCAGCGUCCGGAACCAACUCAAGCCGGCGCUUAUCUACUUGCAGAGGCUGGGCAUCAACAACAACGAGGCGCUGGCGUACCAGGACCCCGUCCUCCUUGUUUCCAGCGUCGAGAACACGCUGAUCCCCAAGAUCCGGUUCCUGACGAGCCUGGGUUUCUGCUAUGAGGAUGUUGUGGGGAUGGUGGUGAGGUGCCCGAGUCUCCUCACCUUCAGCGUCGAGAACAAUUUCAAGCCCAAGUUCGAGUACUACCUGGAGGAGAUGAAGGGGAGCCUGGAAGAACUGAAGGGGUUUCCUCAGUAUUUUGCGUUUAGCCUGGAGAAGAGGAUAAAGCCCAGGCACAGGCAGAUACAGGAUGCUGGGACUAAGCUUCCUAUAUCGGUUAUGUUGAAGACUAGUGACCAGGAGUUCACAGAAUUGGUGAACAAGGCCAUGGCUGUUGCCACUGAUUAAUUGACCUGAUCAAGUUUGAUCUUGAUCGUGAACCAGCUCCCUGAUUUUGAUUUGCCUUUCCGUCAUGCUAUCUAUAGUACUUGAUUCAUAUCUUGGCCAACCGUUAAACUGAAUGUAAAUAAAUUCAUAUCUUUAUAGUUUAUAGUACUAUUCUUUCGCCCCUUUUAA